ACCACCUUCCCCUCACGCUCUCUCUCUCUCUCUCUCACACUCUAGUAAGGUCAUUCUGUAUCCCUCCUUCAUUUUCCCCAAUCUCUCUCUCUCUGCUCCCUUUCUGUUUCUCCCUUUCUCUCUCUUCUUUUUUUCAGACUUCUGACUUUUACAGCUCUUGUCCUAGUUUCAUUUUUUUGUGUCACCACUUCCUUCCAGUUACAGGAGUGGCCUCGUUCUCUCUGUUUUCAAAGAACAAAGAACUUUUCAGGAACCAUGUAACUGGAGGACCUUGUCCCAGUAAGGCAAAAAUACCCGGAAAGACAGUUAUCAUAACAGGAGCUAACACGGGCAUUGGGAAAGAGACAGCCAAAGAACUGGCCAAAAGAGGCGGUCGAAUCAUUAUGGGGUGCAGGGAUAUGGAGAAAUGUGAGGCGGCUGCCAGGGAGAUCCGGGGGCAGACCCUGAACCCUCAUGUUUACGCACGCCACAUAGAUCUAGCCUCGAUCAAAUCCAUCCGGCAGUUUGCAGAGAGAGUCAACAAAGAGGAAAAGCAUGUGGAUGUGCUGAUAAACAAUGCUGGAGUGAUGCGAUGCCCAGCAGGGAAGACAGAGGAUGGGUUUGACGUACAGUUUGGUGUUAACCAUUUAGGUCACUUCUUGCUGACCAACCUGCUGCUCGAGAAGCUUAAGGAAUCCGCUCCCAGCAGAGUGAUCAACCUGACUUCUCUCGCCCACAUCGUGGGGAAGGUCGACUUCGACGACCUUAACUGGGACAAGAAGAAGUAUGACACCAAACAGGCCUACUGCCAAAGCAAACUUGCCAUUGUUCUGUUCACAAGAGAACUGGCUCAAAGGCUAGAAGGUACUGGGGUCACUGUGAAUUGCAUACACCCUGGGGUUGUUGCCACCGGGCUGGGAAGACACACUGGCCUACACCAAUCACAGUUCUCCAGCUCUGUGCUCAGUCCUUUCUUCACCCUCCUGGUGAAGGGGCCAGAGCUGGGGGCCCAGCCUAGCGUCUAUCUGGCUGUGGCAGAGGAGCUGGAGGGAGUAACGGGAUGCUACUACGACGUGAUGACAGAGAUGGAGCCAGCUCCCCAGGCCCUCGACCAGGAGGUAUCUCGGAGGCUGUGGGAGGCCAGUGCCAGGCUGGUGGGGCUGGAGCAGACACCAGCGCCAGUGGUAUGAGCUCUGGUAUAUGCGGAAAUAUCAGGAAACACUGUCUCGCAUAGACAUAACCUCAAAAACCUUGUUGUCGCAAUUUGGAGGUUGUAUAAGCAGAAACAUCUGGAAUGGUCUUUUAGAUGUGAUCGUUGCAACUUUUUUAUUGGAUGCUACUUUUCAAGAAACUUACCACAUGCCAAUUGAAGGAGUGCUGCCUGUUAAGCUCCACCUAUGCAAGACAUUUGAUUUGUUUGAAGUGCUGCAAGCCUGGUUUUCGACACUGUUAAAGGGAACGGUUUACAAUGCGUAGACAUCAUACUCUCUCAACAAUAGAAUAUACCAAAUGAAGGCAUACAGUACAGGCUAACAAUUGUUAGAAGUUGAAAACUUGAUCCAGACUUGAUCAAAUAAAAAUUAUUGACUUGAUUGGAGUUCUUUUGGAGGAUUUCCAUUUCAAAGGGUCCAUAAACAUAAACAUGUGAACUAUC